GUCAUUCAAUUUUCUCAUAUGUGCAAGUGCGAAAGACAAUUAUAAGAACGUCGUUUUUCUGCUAAAAUAUUCGUGUUGUUUUCAUAAGUUUUAUGAAAAUUGCAUAUAUAUUAUAAUAAAGUUUAGGUAAAUUUAUAAACGAAAUGCCUCUUAAACUCGACAUUAAACGUCGUCUAACUUCGCGCUCGGAUCGGGUGAAAUGUGUUGAUCUACAUCCGACAGAGCCAUGGAUGUUGUGUGCACUUUAUAAUGGCCACGUACACAUUAUGAACUAUGAGAACCAACAAUUGGUAAAAGAUUUUGAAGUUUGUGAUGUGCCGGUACGUUGCGGACGUUUUGUGGCACGGAAAAAUUGGUUGAUCACAGGAUCCGAUGAUAUGCAAAUACGAGUUUUCAACUAUAACACCCUCGAAAAGCUGCACUCGUUCGAGGGCCAUUCGGAUUAUCUCCGAUGUAUUGCCGUACACCCGACACAGCCGUUGAUAUUGACUAGCAGUGAUGAUAUGCUUAUAAAAUUAUGGAAUUGGGAAAAAAUGUGGGCAUGUCAACGAGUUUUUGAGGGUCAUACACAUUACGUUAUGCAGAUCGUUUUCAACCCCAAAGAUAAUAAUACAUUUGCAUCCGCCUCACUCGAUCGAACAGUAAAAGUUUGGCAGCUUGGUUCAACAUUUGCUAACUUUACCCUUGAAGGACAUGAAAAAGGAAUUAAUUGUAUCGAUUAUUAUCAUGGGGGCGAUAAGCCCUAUCUCAUUUCCGGUGCUGAUGACCGGCUAGUAAAAAUUUGGGAUUAUCAAAAUAAAACUUGCGUACAAACUUUGGAGGGCCAUGCUCAAAAUAUAUCCGCGGUUUGUUUCCAUCCAGAGUUACCAAUUCUUUUGACCGGCUCUGAGGAUGGCACAGUUCGAAUAUGGCAUUCUGGCACCUAUCGCUUAGAAACCUGUCUUAAUUAUGGAUUCGAGCGCGUUUGGACAAUAUCCUGCAUGCGUGGUAGUAACAACGUUGCUCUAGGUUAUGAUGAAGGUUCAAUAAUAAUAAAAGUCGGCAGAGAAGAACCAGCCAUGUCAAUGGAUGUAAUUGGCUCUAAAAUAAUUUGGGCGAAACACUCUGAAAUGCAACAGGUCAACUUAAAAGCAAUGGCUGAUGGUACUGAAAUUAAAGACGGUGAACGUUUGCCAGUUGCCGUCAAAGAUAUGGGAGCGUGUGAGAUUUAUCCUCAGACUAUAGCACAUAAUCCUAAUGGCCGUUUUGUUGUUGUAUGUGGAGAUGGUGAAUAUAUAAUUUAUACGUCUAUGGCUCUACGUAAUAAGGCCUUUGGAUCCGCUCAAGAAUUCGUUUGGGCUUUGGAAAGCAAUGAAUAUGCCAUACGCGAAAAUAAUGGAACAGUACGUAUUUUCCGUAACUUUAAGGAACGUAAAAGCUUUACACCCGAAUACGGAGCAGAAAAUAUAUAUGGCGGAUUUUUGUUUGGAGUGAAAACGUCAUCUGGGUUAGCAUUCUACGAUUGGGACUCACUAACGCUGGUGCGUCGUAUCGAAGUGCAACCACGUCAUGUUUUCUGGAACGAAUCUGGCUCAUUAGUCUGUCUUGCCACCGAUGAAUCUUAUUUCAUACUCUCUGUAGACACCGCAGCAAUCGCAGCUGCUUUAGAAAGUAAACAAGGCCUAGAAGACGAUGGUAUUGAAAGUGCCUUCGAUGUGUUAGGUGAAGUCAACGAAGUAGUUAAGACAGGAAUAUGGGUUGGCGACUGCUUUAUAUACACAAAUUCUGUGAAUCGCAUAAAUUAUUAUGUCGGUGGGGAAAUUGUAACGAUAUCCCACUUGGAUCGUACAAUGUAUUUACUUGGCUAUGUGCCUAAAGACAAUCGCUUAUACUUGGGUGAUAAGGAGCUUAACGUUAUAUCAUUUUCUCUUUUACUCUCUGUCCUCGAAUAUCAAACCGCUGUUAUGCGAAGCGACUUUGAGAGAGCAGAUUUGGUACUACCAACGGUGCCAAAAGAGCAUCGCACACGAGUCGCACAUUUCUUGGAAAAACAAGGUUUUAAGCCGCAAGCACUACAAGUGUCAACAGAUCCCGAUCACAAAUUCGACUUGGCAUUGCAAAUUGGUGAAUUGGAUGUUGCUUUGAAACUGGCACGAGAAGCAGAGAAUCCCCAGAAGUGGUCACAAUUAGCUGAUGUAGCCUCUCGCAAGAAUAAUAUGCAGCUUGUGAAGGAGUGCAUGCAGAAAGCAAAUGAUUUCAGCGGUCUACUGCUGUUAGCGACAUCUUCCGGUGAUGAAAAAAUGUUAGAGGAGGUUGCUGAGAGCAGUUCAAAUCAAGGUCGUCACAAUAUCGCAUUCCUGUCAUCAUUUGUGCGAGCAGAUGUUCAACGCUGCUUAGAUAUAUUGAUUGAGACUAAUCGUCUACCCGAAGCGGCUUUCUUUGCACGUACAUACAUUCCCAGUCAAAUGUCGCGUGUAGUGGAACUUUGGCGAGAAGAAUUAGCUAAAUUCAAUGAAAAGGCUGGUCAGUCACUGGCUGAUCCAGCUAAAUAUGAAAAUCUCUUCCCCGGAUUCGGUGAAGCAUUACGCGUUGAAGAAUUUCUACAAAAGACAACAGAGGAAAAAUUACCGGCAAGUGCUGCUUCUAAACUACCACUUAAUAUCGAACGUCAGCCAAUUGAAGAAAUGCAUGCAGCAGAACAACGUGGAAUAUUUGAGAGUAUUAAUAAACCCGGUGUGCAAUUAUAUAAGAAGAACGAUGACUUUACAGACGAAGUACCGUUUACCGCUGCUACCAGUUCGGCUGCAGCUUCUAUUUUAAAUAAAUCAUCAGAUGGACUAGGAAACGACGGUGAUGACAUUGACGAUGAGUUGGAUCUUGAAAUCGAGGGUGUAACGUUGGAUGAUAACAUCGAUACGACAGAUGUUAAUUUAGAUGAUGAUUUUCUAAGCGAUGACUAAGUCAAGCUUCAUAAACAGUAAUUUCCAAAUACCAUAUACAAUUAUUACAUUUACAUUUAGAAACUUAUUUUCUCAUACGAAUUGUUUAUUAAGGAUUUUCUUGCAUUGGGGGUUUGUUCUUCAUUCCUCCAUUUAACAAUAAUAAUAAACAUUUUUGUCAAAAGAAGAGAAGAGAUAUUGUAUUCAUAUGCAUAGUGGAUGUCUGAAGCGCAACUACUAAGAAGUUAUUAGUGUCGCGGUUUAUCAAAAGCAUUCUGUAUACAUUUAAUUUAAUAAACAAUAAAGAAUAUACAAGCAUUUAUGUUAGUAAAAAAUAA